GAGCUCAACUACGAUAUCCACAAUCCCUUUCGCAUCAUACGCGGCAGGUUUUUCUCGGAUCAGAGUACGCUACAAUUCAAAACGAGACGUCUCUGUUUAUGUUCAACAUUACUCCAACAUAUUACUCUGCCGUCGGCACGGAGAGCGAAGUAUUUAAAAAAAAACAUGUAGUUUGGGGAAUGUAACUUUGUACAGGAAGAAAGCCAACACGAAAACGUCGUAUGAUUGGCCAUUCUGACUCUUUUUUGUAUGAAACGUUGAGAGAUUUGUUGACAAAUUGCCUUUGUUAGCUAGUAAACAAGCUAGCUCAAGGAAGUUGGGCUGAAGCGGCUGGUGGUGGAUUGUUGUCAGCCGCUCACUGAGCGGUGUGUCUCGGAGGACAGACUCGACGGGAACCACCUCAUCGACUCCGCUGGUUGCGGCGGCAACAGGCACAUGCAGGAUGAGGAGGCGGAGCUGAGGCUCAGCUGACCCCGCCCCUUUAGUGUGACCUCACCCAUCCAGCCUGCCGGGCCCAUGUUCUCUCCAGAGCAGGAAAAUAUCUCCCCCUCCUCCACCUCUUCCUCCAAAGUGCCAGUGAAAUAUGGAGAGCUCAUGGUGCUGGGGUACAAUGGCUCUCUACCCAACGGUGAUCGAGGCAGGAGGAAAAGCCGUUUCAGUCUGUCUAGGAGGCCCAAGGCUAAUGGUGUCAGACCCAGCACAGUGCACGCUGCCUGCACCGCACAGGCAGCUAAGGCCAUCAGCAACAAGGACCAACACAGCAUCUCCUACACGUUAUCCAGAGGUCAGACGGUGGUGGUGGAGUAUACUCAUGAUAACAACACAGACAUGUUCCAGAUUGGUCGCUCCACAGAGAGCCCUAUAGACUUUGUGGUAACCGACACGGUGGCAGGGAGCCAGAGUAACUCAGACACCCAGUCAGUCCAGAGCACCAUCUCUCGCUUCGCCUGCCGUGUCAUGUGUCAGAGGACGCCCCCCUACACCACACGCAUCUACGCUGCCGGCUUCGACAGCUCCAAGAACAUCUUCCUAGGGGAGAAGGCAGCUAAAUGGAAGACGUGUGACGGUCAGAUGGACGGGCUGACCACCAACGGCGUGCUGGUGAUGCACCCUCGCCACGGCUUCACAGAGGACUCCAAACCGGGCGUCUGGAGAGAGAUCUCCGUCUGCGGAAACGUCUUUACCCUCCGAGAGACCCGCUCCGCUCAGCAGCGGGGCAAGAUGGUGGAGGCAGAGAGCCAGGAGCUGGUGGAUGGCUCUCUGAUAGACCUGUGUGGUGCCACGCUCCUGUGGCGCACGGCCGAGGGCCUGAGCCGCACCCCCACCGUCAAACACCUGGAGGCGCUACGUCAGGAAAUCAACGCAGCCAGGCCCCAGUGUCCCGUCGGCUUCAACACCCUGGCCUUCCCCUCCAUGAGACGCAAGGACACCCCAGAUGAGAAGCAGCCGUGGGUCUAUCUCCAGUGUGGCCACGUCCAUGGUUACCACAACUGGGGGAGCCACCGGGACAGAGACAGGCUGGACCGGGACCAGGAGGAGAGGGAGCAGGGCCGGAGCAGGGAGUGUCCUAUGUGUCGAGCCAGUGGACCGUACGUUCCCCUCUGGUUGGGCUGCGAGGCAAGCUUCUAUCUGGACACGGCUCCGCCCACCCACGCCUUCUCACCGUGUGGUCACGUGUGUUCUGAGAAGACGGCUGUGUUCUGGAGUCAGAUCCCGCUGCCGCACGGAACACACACCUUCCACGCCGCCUGUCCCUUCUGCGCCCAGCAACUGAGCGGCGAGCAGGGAUACGUUAGACUCAUCUUCCAGGGCCCACUCGACUAGGGGGACUAUUUGUCCUUGGUCGGAACUACUUUCUUUUUGGUCGCAAAGGAACGACGCUUAUAACAAAAAGCAUAUAACUUCCAACUCCCUGGGAUUUUGGGGCGGGGGGAUUUCCUGGACUAUUCUCUCCGUUUCUGUUUGUCUCUCUGUGUUUUUAAGUGACCUUUUCUAUUUUUUAUUUUUAUUCGGAAUGAAAACAAAGAUUUCUAUAUUUUCAUGUGAAACAGAAAAAUAUCCAAAACACUACUGGGGGAUAUAAUUGAGUUUUCUGAAAGAACUGUAGACUGUAUUUAUCUAUUGUACUAACAUAUGACCACAUAUGGGUUUAUUCUCCUUUAUUGUUGCAAUAUCCAUCCGUAUCCAUGUUUAAGACUUAAAGUCCUUUAUUUCUGCCCAGACUUCAUAAUAACUCAACUCCAAAAUGAAGACAAGCUACAUUAGUUAUUCUCCUUUACUCUUCUUGGUCAAUAUGCUUCACUUCAAUACGAUUUAACAUUUUUAUUGUGCUAUUAGACUAUUAUAAUAAUAGCAGAUUUCAAGUUCAAGGGUCGUAUUCACUAGAAGCAAACAGGAAGGAACCUACCUCAAUUGGUCUAAUGAGAAACGUUUGUUUUCCGUUGCGAAACGUUUUGCUACGGUAUGCAGUAAUGAGUACGACCAAGGUGUGUUUUGGGGAUUCAGUUUUGUGUAUAGCGGUGUGUGUGUGUCCCCCCCCCACAUCAUGUAUCUAUUGAGUAUCCAUGACAACGUCCUGUCAUAUUGAAACCUCUGUGUUGUCUGUCUGAUGGGGAGUUCUGGCUGUGUGUAAGGGGUGAAGUUUCCCCGAAGUACAGAUCUAGGAUCCGCUUCCUCUCCCCCAAUCCUAACCUGAACCAUUAGGGGGAAAAUGUGAAACUGACUCAAGAUCAGCAUCUAGGGGCAACUCCACCUUACACCGUGUUAUAACUGUUAAUUUUUUCCCACAAGGCAUUGCCAUGACCUUUCACAUUUGAAGCAAUAGAUUUGGACGCAGACUUCCUACUUUUCGAGCAACUUGGGAUUUGUAGUCCCUUGAUUGGUUAGAUAGAUUGACAGCUAUGUGAUCGCUGUCUGUAGUUAUGAAUGAGUGUUGAACACACACACACACACACACACACUGUUGCCUGUGUAAAGACAGACCGGUCAUGUUGAAUGUCAUUCUGUUAAGUAUCUAGUCGUCAUGAUAAUUCUGAAUGGAACAGUAUUUAUAGGGACAAAAUACCUCAGUGUAAAAAGUAGUCCUGAACUUCAACCUUCAGAAUUCAGUGGGGGGAGGGGGCAUUACUUAGUAUAAAUUGUUUAUGGAUGGUAUUUGAUCAUGUUUUUACUCUGAGUGUGUAUUUUGUGUACAGUAUUUUGUGGGUUGGUUCUUAUAUCCUUUUUGGGACCUAAAAUCCCGACAGUCCCCACAAGGCUAGUAAAACAAGGGAAAUUCUCCCUCAUGGGGACAUUUACCACGUCCUCGUGAAUACAAAGGCAAUUUUAAGCUCAGCUGUUAAGUUUAGGGUUAAGUUUAGGGAAAAUAGGAUUUUGAAUGGAAAUGAAUUUUAGGUCCCCACGUGGGUAGAAGAACAUAGUGUGUGUUAGUGUCAGUAUGUGUUGUAUUGUGUACAGAUGGUAUCUCCACUCUCUCUGAAUCUGACUGAUACUCACCUCAGGGAGAACACACACACACACACACACCUAUCUGGCCCAUAGAUAUAUACACACACACACACACACACCUGUCUGGCCCAUAGAUACACACACACACACACACACACACACACACACACACACACACACACACACACACACACACACACGCCUGUCUGGCCCAUAGAUAUAUACAUACACACACACACACACACACACACACCUGUCUGGCCCAUAGAUACACACACGCCUGUCUGGCCCAUAGAUACACACACACACACACACACACACACACACACACACACACCCUGUCUGGCCCAUAGACACACACACACCUGUCUGGCCCAUAGAUACACACACGCCUGUCUGGCCCAUAGAUACAGACACACACACACACACACACACACACACCUGUCUGGCCCAUAGAUACACACACCCCUGUCUGGCCCAUAGACAUCCAAACAGACACUCUCCAUGCAACAGACUUCAGAGGAUACCUCAUCAGUAGUUAAAGGUGUCUGUCUUGUCUUCUACAGCCCACUGUCCACAGCCUCAUGUUUAUACUCUACGUUAGUACGCAACACAAGCUGAGCCAAAUGGCUGUUAGGGUUAUUGUGUAGUAAAAAUAUACAAACGUGUUCAGCCCUGCAAUUUCAUAAUUACGCUGCAUCACCAUGUUGUGUAGGUUGUUGCGUAGGGUGUAUAAUACUCUUAACAUCUUGUCUGUCAGCUGUUCUAUGGACUUGUCAAAGGCACUGUGUUCCUCUUUAUUGGGGAACGUGUGCAAGUAAGGGCUUUACUCUCUGGUCGUCCCUAAUGGUACUCUGUUCCCUUCAUAGGGCUCUGGUCAAUAGUAGUGCACUGUAUAGUACAGCCAGGACGUUAAACCGAUCAUUAUCCACACCGGCAGUACCGAUCACUUAUUGUAUUAAACCGAUCAUUAUCCACACCGGCAGUACCGAUCACUUACCGUAUUAAACCCAUCAUUAUCCACACCGGCAGUACCGAUCACUUACCGUAUUAAACCCAUCAUUAUCCACACCGGCAGUACCGAUCACUUACCGUAUUAAACCCAUCAUUAUCCACACCGGCAGUACCGAUCACUUAUCGUAUUAAACCCAUCAUUAUCCACACCGGCAGUACCGAUCACUUAUCGUAUUAAACCCAUCAUUAUCGACACCGGCAGUACCGAUCACUUAUCGUAUUAAACCCAUCAUUAUCGACACCGGCAGUACCGAUCACUUAUCGUAUUAAACCCAUCAUUAUCCACACCGGCAGUACCGAUCACUUAUCGUAUUAAACCCAUCAUUAUCGACACCGGCAGUACCGAUCAGUAGUAGUAGUUUAAAGGAGAAUAAUACAAACUGUGGUGCAGAUUGUUCUAUUUAUCGGUAUCGCAUCAAUUCAGGCAAUUUAUCACCAUAUGGAUGUUGGUCCAUAUCACCCAGCUCUACUAUAUAGGGAAUAGGUUGCCAUUUUGGACUUAGCCAAUGUCUGUCUCUGUAUACUGUCUGCAUGGUGUCUCUGUUUCUCUACCCCUCUCUCUAGCUCUGGUCCUGGGCGUUAGUGAAGGAAGGCUGAGCAGUAGCACCCUGGGCCAGAGCUAGAGUAUCUCUUCUGUCUGGAGGAUUUCUGAUGCUUUAAGGAAAAAGCUGAGAAUGUUUUCUGAUUUAACAGUUUUUGUACCAACUUUAAACAAUAAAGUUUAAAACAUGA